AAAACCCCACUGAAAACCUCCAUCUUCUUCCUUCUUUUUACCCCAUUGGUUUUUCCAAUGGAUUUCCAGGUGGUUCUUCUAGCGGGCGGCACUUCGAAGAAUCUCAUUCCUCUCGAGGUGCCCAAAGCGCUGCUUCCGAUGGCAAACCGUCGCCUUAUCUCUUACGUUUUGGAGCAUCUGGAGCAAAACAACCUCAAGGAUCUGAUUGUUGUGGUAGAGGGCAAAGAUGCGGCACUCCAUGUUGGGGGUUGGAUAUCUAGAGCUUUUGUUGAUCAUCUACAUGUUGAGGUUGUUGCAGUCCCUGAAGAUGUGGAAACAGCUGCAUACUUCAUGUUCCUGCAAGUUAUAAGUGGUGAUCUUGUUUCUGAUGUUCCUCCUGGUGCAGUUGUGGCUUCUCAUAGACGUCAUGGUGAAGCGGUGACUGCAGUGCUUUGCUCUGCUCCUGUCAGUGGAGCUUUGGAGCCAAGAUCUGGUGGUGGAAAGGAUAAAAUCAAGAAACCUGGACGAUAUGACAUCAUUGGCCUAGACACUACUAAACAAUUUUUGUUAUGCAUUGCAACAGGAGGUGAAAUUGAGAAAGAUACUCGAAUUCAGAAGACCAUUCCUUGUGCACUUGGCCUGGUGGAAAUUAGAUCUGAUCUUAUGGAUGCUCAUAUGUAUGCAUUCAAAAGAUUUGUUUUGCAAGAAGUUCUUGAUCAAAAGGAUACAUUUCAAAGCUUGAAAAAGGAUGUACUUCCAUAUCUUGUUCAGAGCCAGCUGAAAUGAGAGGCACUAAAAUAUGCACCACUUGUGGAAGAAAAUGGAAACCAGAAGAUCAAUACCCAGAAUAACCAAGCAACUCUGUCUCGGAUGAUUGCUAAUGCAUCUACCCCAAGCUUUUAUGAACUCUAUGAAUUGGGUUCUAAUGGUUCUGCUCCUAUUUGGAUAAAAGCUCAAUGCUGUGCUUAUAUCGCCAGCAAUAGCAAGUACUGUGUGCGAUUGAAUUCCAUUCAAGCAUUCAUGGAUAUCAAUUGAGAUGUGAGUUUAUGUGUUUCUUAUUUGGGCCUGCUUAUCUCAAACUACCACUUUUACUUGUUAUUGCAGUUUUUGUUCCAUUGAGUUGAGCUUAUUCUUUUAAUAUUUCAAAUCAUUAGUGAGGCAAAUCAUCUGUCAGGGCAUUCCCUCUCUGCCCAUAAUAACAUCAUACAUCCUUUGGCAAAGCUUGGAUCAAAAACUACUGUUGGACCACAUUGUAUGCUGGGAGAAGGUUCACAAAUGGGUGAUAAAUGCAGUGUGAAACGAUCUGUAAUUGGGCGUCACUGCUGGAUAGGUUUCAAUGUAAAGGUAAAAUUAUUUGUCAAUAAAAUGGUAGUAAGUAUUUUUGGAAAAGUGAUUAUGAUGCCAUCUGUAUAGUGUAUAAAUCAGGCUAAUAUUAGCUUUUUCAUUUGCAAAAGUUUGUAAAGAAUAGCAAACUUUCAAGUUUCAAGCUUUAGAUAGUUGUUUUACCUGUUUCUAGAAUUUGUGCCAUGCGAAAACAAAAGAACUUACCAUGCAUUUGCAGAUCGUCAAUUCGGUUGUAAUGAAUCAUGUAACAAUUGCUGAUGGUUGCUCCAUACAAGGCUCUGUGCUUUGCAGCAAUGUACUGCUUCAAGAGCGAGUUUCAUUGAAAGAUUGCCAAGUUGGAGUGGGUUUUGUGGUCAGUGCCGGGUGUGAGUACAAGGGAGAAUCACUGGCUAGGAAAGAGAAGUGAGUGAAAUGGCAAGUCUAACGCUAGGAAGAGAAACUUUGUGCUAAGUGGCCACUUUGCGGUUGGUCCUAGAGCAUGCCUAUUGUUAACUGCUGCUGUGAGUAGAAUGGGCAAGAAAGAAGUGGCAAUGUCAGAUGCGUGUGCCACUUAGCUCCCAUUUUGUCAGAUAAGUUUGCUUGUAUUUGAUGACUACUUUUUUCUUUUAUACAUAAUGACUAGAAAUUGAAUCUUAAAUUUGUGAUUAGAAAUAUAAGUAAUUCUACCAU